UACCACUAUUAAGAACUGUUGGCGCAAGACAGCAAUAUGUGCCUGAGACAGCCCAUGCUGUAGCAACGUAUAUAGAGGUAGUUGAUAAACCAAUUGCAACAGAAGAAAUACUUAAUGAUGAUAAGAUCAUUGCAGCGGUUCAAGCUGAGGAAAAUAAGGAGCUAAUUGGUAAAGGUGAAGAUGAAGAUGAGAAUGGGGUGCCCGAUCCACCUGUAUCCACCGUUGAAGUAUGCAAUACAAUGCAAACCGUUAUUUAUUAUGAAGAACAGGAAAAUUCAGAGUCAAAUCUUACACCAGUGGAGUUAGGAUUUUUGAGGAAGUUGCUCAAAAAAUAUAAGCACAUAUAUGAGAAAUCAAAAAAGCAAACAAAAAUUACUAGUUUUUUUGAUUCUCAUGAUUUGUACCAAGAAUUAUAUUUUCAAGACUAUUCCCAAGACUAUUCCCAAGAUUACUCCGAAGAUUACUCUCAAGACCAUUCCCAAGGCUAUUCCCAAGACUAUUCCCAAGAUUACUCUGAAGAUUACUCUCAAGACCAUUCCAAAGGCUAUUCCCAAGGCUAUUCCCAAGACUAUUCUCAAGACUUAUAUUCACAGGAUUCGUAUUCUCAAGAUUCGCAUAAUCAAAACUCUUAUUUGCAUGAUUCGUAUUUACAAGAUUCAUAUUCACAAGAUUCACAAGACUAUUCGCAAGAAAUGUACUUCUAA